UUUUUUGUUUUUUUGCCAUUUGGAUUUCGUAAAAACAACUUACAGCCCUGUUGGCGUUGGUGUUUAUGACAAUCCAUACCUAGCAACUUAUACAUAUACACAUAUAGACGGGAGGUCAGCACACUUCCCCCCGCAUUCUUACAUUGACUACAUUCAUUUCAUGACAUGUCACAAAUAUUCACAUCUUCCACAAUACCGUUGAGUUUUGAUCCUCAUGAACCUCAUCAUCCAACAAUAACCACAGCGCCACCACGAAAAGAACCUCCCAGUGAACCCCAAUCGCAAUACUCGCCUAUCUUGCACUGUAUGUUGGCUGGUGGGUUUGGAGGGAUGGUUGGAGACACAUCUAUGCAUUCGCUUGACACCGUCAAGACCAGACAACAGGGGUUCCCCUUCAAUAAGAAGUACAAGAAUAUGAUCCCGGCUUAUAGAACUAUACUCAAAGAGGAAGGGUUUUUCCGCGGAUUGUACGGUGGGUAUACGCCAGCAAUUCUUGGCUCGUUGCCUUCUACAGCAGCUUUUUUCGGUACGUAUGAAUACACCAAACGUCAAAUGAUUCACACGUUGCAUAUGAACGAAACCGUGUCGUAUUUCAUCGCCGGUGUGCUUGGGGAUUUGGCCUCGAGUGUGUUUUACGUUCCUUCCGAAGUGUUGAAAACAAGGUUACAAUUGCAAGGGAAAUACAACAAUCCGUUCACUAAAGAAUGCGGAUACAAUUAUCGAGGAUUAGGCAAUGCCAUAUCCACCAUUGCCAAAACUGAAGGUGUCAAGACAUUUGCAUUUGGGUAUAAGGAAACGUUAUUCAGAGAUUUGCCCUUUAGUGCCUUGCAAUUUGCAUUUUAUGAGAAAUUCCGCCAAUGGGCAAUCUACUACAACACAUCCAAUGACUUACCUAUACCCUUGGAGUUAGCCACCGGUGCCGCUGCGGGUGGGUUGGCCGGUACGUUAACUACCCCCUUGGAUGUCAUCAAGACCCGUAUUCAAACCGCGACCAACGUCGCAGACUUGUCCGAGUCAAUCUCGGCCAAACCAAGCAGUAACCCACUCAUACGGUUAUUAAACAAAAACACCACUUUGAAAGCACUUGUGUCGAUAUACAAACAUGAGGGUAUAUUGGGUCCGUUCUCGGGGGUUGGACCAAGAUUCAUAUGGACAGGUAUACAAAGUUCGAUUAUGCUUUUAUUGUACCAAUUGUCGUUGAAACAAUUGGAUGUGUAUAUGGGUGAUGAUGCGUUUUCUGCAUAAACAUAUAGAUCUGUACAUAAUACAAACUAAUAGAGAAAUGAACCAUCUUGC